CUGUUUGCUCCUCUUGAUGGAGGGCUGAAGAAAAUGAAUCAGAAUCUCGGCUGCUUGUAUUCAUUUUUGUGCUGACGUGUCUAAUAAGGCUAAACUUGCUUUCUUUGCUGUUGAGAGGAUGUAGUGGCAAUGAUAGCUGAGCCCAAUUCCGUGGUUAAUCUCCUCAAUCACAAAGAAAAUGGGAUCCAUGAGGAGAUUGUCCCUGAAUCCACUGCUCAAAAUGGCAGCUGUUUGAGAAAUGGCAGUGUUAAAACUUUUAAAGGGAAAAGAAAAAUCCGUGAGCAGUGUGAAAACAGAAGACAAAACUCUUCCAGUAGCAGAAGGUCAAACCAGCCGCAAAAUGGAGACGUGGUUGAAGCAGUUACCUUAUUUGAAGUGGUUAGCAUGGGCAAAAGAGCUAUGCAGUCUGUGGUCGACGACUGGGUUGAAGCUUAUAAGAAAGACAGAGAUGUGGCCCUUCUGGACCUCAUCAAUUUCUUCAUUCAGUGCUCAGGUUGCCAAGGAAUGGUUACUGCAGAGAUGUUCCAGAGUUUACAGAACUGUGAUGUGAUGCAUAAAAUGACAGAGACAUUUGAUGAAGAAACAGGAUUGCAGUAUAAAAAGUUCAUGGCUUAUCCCUGGAUUUUGACUGUUACUUGGCCAGUGGAUAUGAACAAUGAAGACUACCCGCUCAUCAGAGCAGGGUCCUACUGGAAGAAGUUCAAAGCCAAUUUUUGUGAGUUCACUGCAGUGCUGAUCCAGCAGUGUCAGCGCAGCAUCCUCUACGACAGCUAUUUGGCGGACACCGUCAUCUCUCUGCUCAUGGGUUUGGCCGAUUCCACGGUGAGAGCGUUCAGGCACACCAGCACUUUAGCAGCUAUGAAGCUUCUGACAGCACUUGUUAAUCUAAAUCUCAGUUUAGAUGCAAGUAAGAGGAACCUUGAAAGAUUAUAUGAGGUGGAGAAGAACAGAACUACUGGCAAGAGGACCAAUAGUAGACUGGACCAGCUGGAGAAAAAAAGAAAAGAGUAUGAACAGAAACCUCUGGAGAUAGAGAAUAUGAUGAAUGCUAUUUUCAAAGGGAUCUUUUUGCAGCGCUAUCGGGAUGUUAUUCCAGAGAUCCGGGCUAUUUGUAUUGAAGAAAUGGGCAGCUGGAUGAAAAUUUACCCCUGUACAUUCUUAAAUGAUAGUUACUUGAAAUACAUUGGAUGGAUGCUCUAUGAUAAACAACCUGAAGUGCGGUUAAAGUGCCUUCAGGGACUGCAGGGAAUAUAUGACCAAAAACAGCUUGUUUCUAAAAUGGAUCUCUUCAAUAGCAGGUUCAAGGAUCGAAUUAUGUCCAUGACACUGGACAAGGACCAUGAAGUAGCAGUUCAAGCCAUGAAACUCCUGGUGCUCAUGUCAGAGAACUGUGAAGAUUCAUUGUCAUCUGAAGACUGUGAAACCUUAUACCAGUUUGUUUAUACCACCCACCGACCACUAGCUGUAGCAGCUGGGGAAUUACUUUAUAAAAGACUGAUUGUCCAGGAAAUUGAAAUGGAAGCAUUCUCAAAAAGAAAUGGAAAACAGGAACCUGUUGCUAGCCAGCUGAAAACACUAAUAAUGUUCUUCUUGGAGAGUGAGCUUCAUAGUCAUGUCACAUACCUUGUAGACAGCCUGUGGGAUUGGUCCAUGAGUUUACUGAAAGACUGGGAGUGCAUGACAGCUCUCUUACUGGAGAAUGGCGAGGAUCAGAAAGAAGCGCUGAGUGAUGCCCAAGAGAGAGCCCUGGUUGAGAUAAUCUUAGCAACUGUCCGAGAAGCUGCUGAAGGUCAUCCUCCUGUGGGCAGAGGGGGCACCAAGAAAAUAAUGUCCACCAAGGAGAAGAAGAUACAAGUGGAAGAUAGUAUUAAAAUUACUGAACAUUUCGCUGUGGUGCUUCCUCAACUCUUGGCAAAGUAUUCAGAAGAUGCAGAAAAAGUGACAAACCUCUUGCAGAUUCCACAGUAUUUUGAUUUAGAUCUCUAUGGUACUGGACCUCUGGAAAAGCACUUGGAUGCAUUGCUAAGAGAGGUGAAAGCCAUUGUAAUGGACCACUGUGACAUGGAUGUCCUGGAGGGUUGUUCCAGGUUGUACUAUAUUCUUUGCAAUGAAGAACUUCCCACACAUAACAAAGUGGCUCUUGCUAGAACUGAACUGGUGGAUGAAUUGGUGGACAAACUAAAUCAACUCUUGGGCACGUUUUUAAAUGAGGGAGAAGGCCUCUGUGCAGAAGAAGAUGGAAUUCACUGUUUAUACUCCAUUUUGAGAAGAAUAACUGCUUUUCAUAAUGCCCAUGAUCUCUCCAAGUGGAAGCUCUACGACAAGAUGUCUGAGCUGCUUGUUUUUGAGCUGGAACGCAGCUGCUUACCUGUUCAGAUUAUUUUGCCUGCUUUACAAUGUGCUUAUUUUGCACUUCUCUGGCAGCUAGCUUCUGUGGCAAAGAAGCCUCCUUCUAAGGAAAACCUUUUCGUUCUAAAAACACAUUUGAGGCAUUACUGCCAUAUUUGCGCAUGUUACUUCAGCCACAGCAAUAGAGAUGCCCGUGAGAAGGCUUUUAUGGUGCUUUGUGACUUUCUGAUGAUUGUGAGUCAUCAAGACACCAGUGAUGAUGAGACCCUUGGGCUACUAGAAUAUUUUCCCAGUACGUCUCUUCAGUCCAAAAUGCUCCUGUUCAUUCAGGAUCACAUUUUCACAGAGGGAAAAGACAAAGACAAAGACUUGGCAGAAGAAGAGGACAGGAAAAAGAAUGACCAAAAAUUGGACAUCUUGCACACAAAACGAUGCCUUCUUGCAGCUUAUUGCAAGUUAAUCAUCUAUAAUGUUAUUGAGAUGACUGCAGCUGCUGAAAUUUAUAAGCAUUAUAUGAAGGCUUAUAAUGAUUUUGGAGAUAUAAUUAAAGAAACCUUGAGCCGAACCAGGCACAGUGACAAAAUUCAAAGUGCAAAGACAUUGAUCCUCUGUUUGCAGCAGCUGUUUCAGAAGCAUGUUGAAAGCCAGGGCGGCGGCCGCACAGACCCUUUCUCUGCCUCCUUUAACAACAUUAAAGAGCUUGCACGGCGCUUUUCUUUGACAUUUGGUUGGGACCAAGUGAAAACGCGGGAAUCUGUAGCCAUGAUACACAAGGAAGGUAUUGAAUUUGCCUUUCAAGGAGCAGCUGGAAUGGAAGGAAAGUGCCCUCCUCCCAAUCUAAACUUUCUGAUGAUCCUCAGUGAAUUCUCCAAUAAGCUUCUAAAGCCCGACAAAAGACUUGUGUAUAGUUACUUGCUGAGAUAUGUACCUGACCCAGCACUUUCUAGAGGAGAUUCCUGGCACUCCCUGGGUUGGUACAGAACUUCUUUGCUGGCCAGUGAAGAGGAGGAGAGCUCUGCUGCCGGCAGCUUAAAUGAGUGGCCACUUGUGAGUGUCGCUAAGACACCUUUUAAAAGAAAAUUUUCUGAAGGAAGUUUGCACAAAUCUCAUCACACUGAGACAACAAAUAGAACUUCAGAUAUCCAUUACUCAGCUCAUCUCCCUUCCCUGUCACCAAGGAGCAGUAAAAGGCUAAAAUCUCACAACAGUUGCCUCCAAGAAUAUCCUCCGUUGCUUGCUGCUGCAAAUCUUAGGAGAAAAAAUAGUUGCCAAGUUAUAAUCAAGAUUGAGGAGAUUCCAUCAGAAGAUACUGAUGUUGAUGUUGUUAGUGCUGACCAGGAGACAUGAGAUUCCAGGACAGUUGGUCAUAAACCGUUACUUUUCCAACUGAAUGAAAAGGAAAAGAACA